UGUUCUUCCUCUCUCAUUAAGGAAACUUCCCCAUGAUCAGCGAUGACCUGGUGAACUCGUACCACCUGCUGCUGUGUGCUCUGGACCUCGUCUUCACCAGUGCACUGCUGUGCAACGCCAGGAAAGAUCUGCUCAACCCAAACUUCAGAGGUCUACCAGAGGACUUCAGCUGUAAAGACUACAGGCCGUCGUCAGGUCCGUUCUGCUUCAUAGAGCAGCUGUGUGAACUGCAUGAUGGCCUGGUGCUCGAGGCCAAAGGAGUCAAAGAACACUUCUGGAAACCUUUCAUCAAGAAGCUGUUCCACAAACGGAUUCUCAGAGGUAAAGACGACUCUCUCACUGGUUUUCUGGACCCCAUGAACUUCGGGGACAGUUUCUUGUCUCUCAGCCGGGUAUAUGAUGAACAUGUUUUGGCGUCAGGGAGUCUGGAUGAGAGGAUCUUCACUGGCGAUGGGGCGAGUGAAGACAUUGGGACCCCAGGGCCCUGCCUCUGUGGGGGGGUGGAAAACCAGGACAGCGCCACCUACAGGCUGCACACCAACCUCACUGUUUCCACCCCUCUGACAGGGAGGAGGUACCUUCAGGAGGACAGCCUGGCGUCUCCGCUCACAUCUGCCAUGAAGAGUGUCGGACGCCUCCACACUCUUCUCUCAGGAACCAAACAGGGUCCGAGCCCCAAACUGGCAGAAACUCUCAGGACAUGUGCCAGAGACCCCAGUGAUGUCAUCAGGAAGCGCCUGAAGGACAUGUUUGACCUCUUCUGUCAACAUGUGGAGAGCAGCGGGACGGAGAACCAGGGGAUGGGUAAAGACCUGGCAGUGAAGUAUUUCCACCUGUCGGAGGCGCUCUACUACAGGAUCCUGGGGUCCAUCAUUGAAAGAGAAAAGAUGAUACUGGGAGACACUGACCUGUCUUGUAUUCUGGAGCAGGACGUCUUCCACCGCUCGCUGCUCGCCUGCUGUUUGGAGAUUGUCAUCUUCUCCUACAGACCUCCAGGAGAUUUCCCCAACGUCAUCAAUGUCUUCCAGAUCCCAGCUUAUCACUUCUACAAGGUGAUUGAGGUUCUGGUGCGCUCGGAGCAGGGUCUCUUUCGGGAGGUGGUGAAGCACCUGAACCAGGUGGAGGAGCAGGUUCUGGAGAGUCUGGUGUGGAGCAGCGACUCGCCGAUGUGGGAGAUUCUGAGUGGAGCCAAAGACCAGGUCCCGUCCUGUCAGCAGGUGAUGCCUCCUCAGUAUCUGGAACCAAACGAUGACAUCAGCUCGGGCAGCGCUCCCAUCAGCCACCUCAGUCACGGCCCUGACCUCAGCAGUAGCGUCCCAGGUGUGUCCCCCUCCCCCACCACUCUAUUGGAUCGUUACAGCUCCUCCCCCACUGUCCCGGCUCGCCGCCGUCUGUUUGUGGACCCAGCGAACAGUAAGACAGGAGAACCCUCCGCCGGCGGCGCCACCAGCACAUCACCGGCCAACGUCACCAAGACCGGACAGGCCGGCCUCGUCACAGCCAUCCCAGCUGGGCAGAUUGUGGUCACCAUGGCAACCUCCACCACCAUCCAGGUUACAGCCAAUGAGAGCGGAGGAAUCACCUUCAUCCCGCUCCAGGUGAGCAUGACCGGACAGGGCGGAGCCACGCUGCAGCAGCUGUCCGCCCGGACUCUGACUGGCACCUUCACCGUCCAAUCAGCCGUCAGCAAACCAGCUGCCAAAGCAGCAGGCGUUCCUCUGAGGAAAGGGUCACUGUCGCUGUUCUUCAGGAAGGUGUGUGUGUGC